GUCGGUGAAUAUGGGUUUGGAGUCUCUGCUAGCUCUCUUGUUCCAUUGUUGGACUGUCCGGCUAACGCUCAGUAUAUUGACGGCUACAUGGCUAUAACAGAUGGUCAACCACUGCUUGUCUCUAGAGCUAUUUGCGUUUUUGAACGUUAUACUGGGCAAGUUACUUGGAGACACACAAACGUUGGGAUCCGAGGAGAUGUGGUGACUAGUGGAGAGCAGGAAGUCAAUCUGGUAGCAAGAAUGGUGGCGACAGUUGGAAAUUACGAUUAUGUGCUUGAUUGGGAAUUCAAAAAAAGUGGUUCCAUCAAGAUUGGGGUAAGUCUAACCGGCGUCCUUCACUUGAAGGAUGUUGACGAAGCGAGCAGUCAAACGCUAAAUGGGGAUGUCUAUGGAACCUUUGUGGCAGAAAACACAGUUGCAGGAAACCAUGACCACUUUGUGACAUACUAUCUCGACUUAGACAUUGAUGGCAGCUCCAACUCAUUUGUUAAAGCCAAACUCGAAUCUGAGAACGUGACAGAUCCUUCCCUUUCGCCUAGGAAGAGUUACUGGAAAGUGGUAAAGGAGACUGCUCAAACGGAACCCGAUGCUCGGAUUCGGCUCGAGUCCGAGCCUGCCGAGUUGUUGAUUGUGAACCCGAACAACAAAACGAGGCUCGGAAACGAUGUCGGUUACAAGCUGAUUGCCGGGCCAUCGGCUUAUUCUUUGCUCUCCGACCACGAUUACCCCCAGAUGCGAGCAUCCUAUACUAAGAACCAGGUGUGGGUGACUCCUUACAACACGUCUGAAAAGUGGGCUGGCGGAUUUUAUGCAGACCAAAGCCAUGGUGAUGAUGGCUUAGCCAUUUGGAGCCAAAGGAAUAGAUCAAUUAAUAACACAGACAUAGUGUUAUGGUACACUAUGGGAUUCCAUCAUGUACCGGUCCAAGAAGAUUUCCCGGUGAUGCCGAUUGUCUCAGUUGGGUUUGAGUUAAGGCCCGCAAACUUUUUUGAAAGUAACCCAUUGCUCAUAAAAUAAAGUCAAGUCCUUAAUGAAUCAUGUUAUUAGCAUAUGAUUCUUAAAUUGUCCACAGUCUCACUUUUAUAAGUUAUACUUAAUUGGGCAAUUUAAUUGGGGUGGCUACUUGUAUUAAACUUGUUUGCUAUUUUCUUUUUUUGUCGAACUUUCUAAACCUAUUACGAGUAUAAUUUUUGUUCUUAGAUUAGACUUGUAUGCUUGAUAUUGUGUUUUUUUUUGUUUCUAUAUACUUUUAGUCAUCUUUCAAUGACAAAUACCACUU